AUGUCUGUUCCUAAAAUAAGAUUAAAUGAUGGGAAUGAAAUGCCGAUUUUUGGAUUAGGAACCGAUAAGUCGCCGAUUUCUGGAGAUAAUACACGUGCCGUAGAAUGUGCUAUCGAUGCAGGUUACAGGCAUAUUGAUUGUUCCUAUUUGAGCCAAAAUGAAGGAGAAAUCGGUGAAGCCAUUAGAAAUAAAAUUGAAGAUGGUACAGUUACCAGGAAAGAGUUGUUUGUUGCGACCAAGCUCUGGUUUGCACGUCAUGAACCAGAAAACGUCGUAAAAUUUUGCGAAAAAUCUCUUGACAAUUUGGGAUUGGAUUAUUUGGAUUUGUAUUAUAUACACUGGCCCGUUUCAUAUAAAGGAUCUAAUAACCCGCAACACUAUAUCGAUUACCUGGACACAUGGAAAUCAAUGGAAGAAUGUGUGAAAUUAGGUUUAGCAAAAAGUAUUGGAAUAUCAAAUUUCAAUAGUCAACAAGUGGAAAGGCUCAUUCAAAAUUGUACCAUAAAACCUGUUGUCAACCAGGUUGAAGUCAACACCAGCAUUAACCAGAAAAAAUUGACUGAAUUUUGCAAUGACAGGGGUAUUGUAAUUGUGGGGUAUACACCUUUAGGAUCGAUAGAUAAAGUUCGACAUGGUGUGCAAAUACCCAAAAUUUUAACUGAAUUAGCAGCAAAAUAUAAUAAAAAUCCUGGACAAAUUGUGCUCAGAUACCUGGUUCAACUAGGCGUUGUGCCAAUUCCUAGAUCUUUGAAUAAAACACGAAUCACAACAAAUAUACAAAUAUUUGACUUUGUAUUAACAAAUGACGAAGUUGAACAAUUGGAUGCUUUGAAUGAAAAUAAACGAUUUAUCACAUUCGAUUCUGCCAAGAAAUUCAAAGAGUAUCCGUUCCAUAUAGAAUUCUGA